AUGCAGACAAAUGAAAUGAAACUGUUCUUCUUCGAACCAUUAUUUCUACAGAAUAACCAGCUAAAUAAUGAAACAGUAUUGGAUUACUUCAGUAUAUCACCGUUCUAUGACAAGGAAUCGCUCAAUGAAAUCAUCAGAAUGCAAAGUCAACACACGAAAAUAAACAUGCAUGAACACCUGAAAAGAAUGAAUGGAAUUUAUUACGAAGUUGAUAAAACACUCACAAGAGACAACAAUCUAUUCAUAAUUUACAAGAAAGAAAAUAAACCAGGAAGAGAAGCACAGUUGAUAACAGCAUAUUAUGUAAUGUUCGGAUACAUUUACGCAUCUCCAUCAAUAGAUUACUUAUCAGAAAACAGAGUAGUAGAAAUACUAUGGAAAAUGAAUAACUGCCUAGAUCUAUAUGAAACCAAUACGAGAUUUGAUUUCUUACGAGGUGUAUGCUCAUAUGAUACAAAUCAGGUUGAGAAGAAUGAAGAUGAUGUGAAGCUCCUUGUAGACAGUAUUAGAGAAUUCGUGCACCAAAAUAAGUGA